AUGCCUAAGCCAGCUUCUUGUUGUUGUCCACAUCACUCUACGUGGGGACACGCCGAUUCUUCCGUUCUUCGAGUUGCUUCAGACAGCGAAAUCCGCGUAUGUGGAGUAAAUCGAGACGGCCGGCACAAUGGACGACGAAGGUGGAUUUGUGUGUCUUGCAGAGAUCGUUUGAAACUGGAGGCUAAAUGCGAAAAGCUACAGGUACGUUUUAUCCGAUAAGUUGUAAUUUUUCUUUAGCUGAUUUCCAAACCACAAAGCGAGGCCAGAAUGACUUGCCAUGCCUGCUUUAUCUUUUGGUUUUUGGACGUUCACCGUUCUUAAUAACUUAAAUCUACUUCUACAUACAAUCAAUAUGUUUUUAUUUAUAAUAUAUGAUAUUACUUACGAACUGUCUGUGUUUACCUAUAUUACAGAAAACUGUAGAAGAUAUCAGCGAGAGAAACGAAAGUCUGGAAUGUCCAGUUAUUGACAUUGUUGACAAUAGCGAUUGUCAAGAUGUUGUGGAAACUUGUAGCAGUCAGACACAAACAGAACCCUGCAACUCAGCAGUGUCUACUGCAGAUAAGAGCACUCAGGUGGAACAAUUCCCUGUGAGACCAUACCAUUUGUACGAGUCAAGAAAGAGAAGCGAUAUCAGGACCGAAAUAAUCAAUCAGAUCCGACAUUUGUUAUCUGGGUAUGUUCAUGGAGAAGAGGAUUCACUUGCCACCAUUGCUCAAGAUCUCAUUCAAUCCAAGAAAUGGGCAACCACCUUUGGUGUACCAGAGGUAAAACAAGACAAGUGUAUGCAAGAUAAGGUAUUGCAAUCCAUUGUAAAGGAGUAUAAGGAAUGCAAAAGCAAGGAGACCAACAGCCUAAUAAGAAGCAAGGGAAGGAAGCUAAAGCAGGCAAUCAACAUUUCAGGAACAAUGUCAAGCAGUUCCAUUGCCUUUCAAGGUACUACACCUGACUGCUUUAAAUCCCGGACAGAAGCAGCACGAAGCAUGGGGAGGGUUGUGUGUUAUUCUGCAGAGAGACGUAGACUGCUGUCAAUUGUUGCUGCAGAGUAUCCACAAACGUACUUGACAGAACUCUUCCAGUGUUCAAAGAGUACAGUCACUGCUGCAAGAGUACACAGCAUAUUGUUUGGUAGAGGUGGAUUUCCCCCAGCAUCGCUGAAAUUUACCCGGCAGUGUGUUUCCCAGGAAGUCCUGGAUCAUUUGGCUGAUUUUCUCUUACGAGAUGAUGUUUCCCGUCCAUCAUCUUGUAGAAGUGUCUUGGUUGGAGGAGAAGAAUGUCCUGUAAGGUAUUGGCAAGAUUCCAUAAAGCAGUUGAUAAAGCAGUAUCUUCUGGAAUUUCCAAAUGGCGUGAAAAGAAGCUACAUUUAUGCUCAUAUACCCAGUAAUUACCGAAGUAACACCAUGCUUGCAGGGCUUUGCAAUCUUUGUGAGGACUUUGGCUUUUCAAACUUUUCAAAUCUGAGGGAAAUGGUUCAGAAAUUGGGAGCAGAAUCUCUGAGUGACGACCUAGGCAGUGUUCGGAAGUCAAUUACACUUCUACAGCGGUAUCUCAAGACAAAGUUUUCUCACCAGGUACUUAUAUAUAUUUUUUAUAACUGCAAUUUCCUUACUUGUAUAAAAAAACUUCACCAAGUUACACAUACUUUAUUGUUGUAUCAAUCAUGUCCUUUCUUGGAUCAGUCCAGAAAGUGUCCAUAUCCAUGAAAUGAAUGGGUUUUUGGAAAUGGGAGGGCAAAAGGGUGUUCUUUGCACUGAAAAUCAGAAGAGAUUACGGUAUGUCUGAAUUGAUUCAAGGGCGCUGGGUAGGGAGGGGUUAGGGUCAGAUAUGACAUUUACAGAGUUGAUAGACAGGAGUGUGCUGUUUGAAACCCUAAUUUACUGUUAUUUCUAGUUCAUAAAUAGAGCACAAACUGACAAAGGUUCUCAAAGAAUAGAACAAGAGCUAUUUUGCUUUUUUGGGCAUUUCUAAACUGUAGCCAUUGUUACAUACAGAAUAUUGUUGUUGCUGAAAACUAUUAUAUGCAGAAUAUUAUGGAGGGGUUAGACAACAAAUCCCUUUUCACUGGAUCAUGGUGGUGUUAUUUACAGUAGUCAGAAGAAGAGGGAGGUGGUUGGCAAUAAUAAUACAUUUUAAUACAUUUUCCUAACCCAGGUAACAUGAAGGUAGACCUAACGAUCUGUAUGGACGAAAUCUCAAUCUUGAUGGCUAAAAGGACCACAGCCUUAUAACACUCUUGCAGUCAGAUACACCUUAUGUUAUCUCAGUAUAUGUAUGUAGACAAUUUUAAAUUGCCGACUUACACCUCUUUUGUUUUAUCUAUUUAGGCACAGAGGCACUCUAGUUGCUUAGAGCUGUGCAUGAAUCAUGCAUUUCAGUCAUGUUCCAGUAGCCACAGUGAAGCCUCUCCAGAGUUCAAUGUAAUUUACGACAUCCACGGAAGUCUGAAAGCUGCCAUUGCCACAGUCCCAGCUGAGAAGCAGCAAGACUAUUCGGAGGUGCUAUCUGACUUCAUGAAGAACUAUUGGGACUACAUUGCCCACCUGCUAAGGACAAAACAUCAGGGAGAUUAUUAUAGGUAAAGCUCACUAUAUAUUUAACAUUAUUUAAUAUUAUUUGGUGGUUUCAUAGGUUUUCACAGUGUGCUUAUGCGGACAAAUCAAGGUGAGAGUGGUCAUCCCAGGCACCUUUAAUACCAGAAUGGUUGUUUAUUAUUAUUGAUAUUAUUAUCAGAACAAUACAGUCAGUUCUCCUCAACUAUGAUGGAAUUGUGAAAUAUAUUUUUGGAUGCUCUUACAUUCAUUUAGGUAUGUUUUGAAGAACCUGAAGCCAGGAGAAGCCAUUGUGGUCAUUGAUUACAAGAUGAAACUCGAACUUGGUAUGCAUUCCAGAGAAAUCCAGCGUGACUGGUACGGAAAACGUGGGAUUUCUCUUCAUGGUUUUUAUGUUAUCGCUCAAGUUACUGACAGCGAAAGGCACAUAGAAGUUCUUGACUUGUGGUCAGAAGAUACCAAGCAAGAUGCCUGGUUCACGCAAAGUGCGCUGGACAUUGGCUUUGCCUGGAUGGAGAAGGUGUUCCCUAACUUCCAAGUGUACCUUUUUUCUGGUAAGUAUUCUCUGAACAUACAUGUGAAUACAAUAGUACCUUCAGUUAUAAAUAUGUUGUCUCUUACAUUCAGAAACAUACAUUAUAUUUAUUCCAUAGUCACUAUUUCCUGAUUACUUAACUCCUUUACCUACAUCAUAGAAAACACAGUAGAUUUUGAUACUGUACAAUGAAAGGGCUCCCAACCUAUUUUCGUUUUCAUCAGCUGAAUGUAUGCCAUUUAAAGAAUAGUGUUUUUCCACCCAUACUUGUAAGCUAUACCCUCCAACUAACUUUGUCUUGAUUACUCAAAGAAGCUAAAUAAAUCAUUUUGGUCUUUACAGAUAAUGGGCCUCAUUACCAUAACACUGCGGUGCUGUUGUACCUAGCAGAGGUCAACAGAGCCUUCAAUGUAAAGUUGAUGGAGUACAACAACUUUGAGGCUGGGGAGGGGAAAACAGUCCUGGACACCCACUUUGCCCAUGUCUCCCAUAAGAUAGUACGAUGGGUACGCGUCGGCAAUGAUUUGGAUACUGGAGAGCAACUUGGAAAUCUCUUGGAGGUAAUUUAAACAUCUUAUUUAUGGAACAGAAAAUGGUACGCAUGUGUGCUCACAUGACUAAAUACAAACACAAGAGGGAUUUUGGGAAAAUCUGAAAGUUCAUGUAAAUCUGAUCCAUACGGUUUACAUACCGGUACUUUAAACUCCCCCAAACUUCCUUCAAUGUUUACCCUAGGUUUUCGAAAGCAAAACACAGUGAUUUCCUAUUUAUUUGUGAGAUCAUCAUUCCAAGUCUUCUGCGACCUUAUGUCUAUUGUUUCUGUCUAUGCUUAUGCAUCAAUUAUUCUACUACAGCCAGUUGUAGAUUCCCAACAGUUUCCACUGGUUUUCGUCCACCUUUGUGUGCUCAAAGAAUGAGUAAAUGUUUUUAAGAGGAUCCUUUUAUUCUUUUCAGACAAUGAAGAAUGUGAAGUGCAAAAAAUUGAUUAUUGAUCGCUCAAAAGCCCCUGCAAAAAUUGGAACAUUCAAAGACAUCUCACUCUUUGGCAGUUUCUUGUUUCCUUUGACUGGGCAAUACAAAGGAGGCAUCAUAGCUAAAUCACUUGCUGGUCAGGGAAAAUGUGUGAGCAAGACCAAGGCACAAGUUGACAGUCUUUCGUCGCGAACAUUGCCAAUAGCUGGAGCUACAGGUGCUUCUGUGACAGAGGACAUUUGGGAACCAUCAGACACAACAGUGGAAGGACAGGUUGCACAAAAUGAGUUGUACUCAGUGAAAUUUAUUCAGCUAUCUUCAGCAACCCCUGAGGAUGCAGUGCUGAGACCUCGCGCUGAAGCUUCAGGCAAUGAUGACCUCAGACCCGUACCUGGAUUUGCCCUUAAAAAAGGUGGGGCUAAGGUAACCAAAUUUACAAAUGAGCAGAAAGACAUCAUGAUUGCGUUCUAUGAUCGCCAAAAGACGUCUCAGAUAAGAGCAAAUCCAGCAGAUGUAAUUCAAGCAAUGAGAGCUGCGGGUGUUCCAGAACUGAAAGAGUCCCAGAUAAAAAGUUGGUGGAGCAGCUACCAUCGUAAACAGAAACAACUUGCAGAAGACAUGAUUGAGGAAGCACGUCAACUGAGAAGUGAACAGCAAGGUAUUAUUUUUGUAUUCUUAUAACACAUAUGAGCAGAUCUACUGCAGACCUUUUUUCAGGGACAAGGAUGGUAGCUUUCAAGAUUGUCAACUACACCCUGCCAUGAUCUCACACUGUAAAUACACUUGCCAUGGACCAGACAAUAGUUUUAUAGGAUGAUAUUGAGGAUAAUUUUUAAGGCCCUGUUUACAUGUCUGAACAGGCAUAUUGCUAUGUGAAAAUGUUUAUUGUACACCAGUCUUAAUUUUUUUACAAACUCUGGAGACAAAGUAAAAUUUUGGCUUUUAACAUUUGAGCUGUGCACCCCCUAUUUUGUUAUUGAAUCCUCUGGGCUUCCUACGAUUUUACCCGGAGCAGAGCCUUAGUGGGUAGCAAAACUCCAUUUCUUGAGGUUAGAAGUAAUGUAGAUAUAUGUAGUGUAAUAUAUUGUCCUAUCCUUUUCAAAGGAACUGGAAUACCAGGACCAUCAGAACCAUACCAUGGUGCCUCGUUACAGCCCAAUUCUGUGCCAACUCUUUCUGUAUCAGGGCCAGUUGAUUCUGCUAGCCAACCACAACCUGUGCCUCCUGUUGGAGUACCACCUAUUAUAGAACCAUGUCAGUCGGGUACGAAAGGAUCAGACUCAUCAUAUUUUUCUGGGGUCAUGGAGUGGACUUUCAGUGCAUCCCAGUCAGACAUUCAGGGUAGGACAGGCAGUAAUGCUUGUGUUUUUAUUGCUCUUCUCAUGGGAAAGCUGAGCUUUGAAAGGAAUUUAACAUGGCCCACCAGUGACCUUCUUCCUGAGUCCUGGAAAGGAGCUUUACACGAAGCAAUGAUAAAAGGAAACCAAAUACAUGAUGACCUGUUUGACAAUGAGGCAACAAAUGUCACUGUAGAUGAAGCAGAUUCUUUGGCAGGAGAGGAGUGCGGGGUACAAUCACUUGGACAGCAAAUUGAUAUAUUUGGCAUUGCCCCAAUCAAUCAGUUGAGCAACUGGUUGAUGCAAGAGGCCCAAAACAAGUCAAAGUCAUAUUAUGUAAUAGUUGCAGAUGAACGAGCAUUCCUGCUAGCUAUGAAUGGCGAUCAGUCUGUCAUGAUUGUUGACUCACACAGACAUGGCAGUAAAGGAGCCAUUAUUGCAUGCUGUCAAAGAGGACGUGUUGGAUCCUUUGCUCUUUGGUUUGAUGCUAUGAUGAAUGCGACCUGGGGAGUUUCGCUCACUAUUGCAUCAAUUUCACCGGUUUAUUAUUGA